AUGGCAACCAUAACAAACUUGUUACCUAGAGUAACACCUUCAUCACUUUCCACACUCCACAAACCCAAAACAACAACUUCAUCAAACUCCUUGUUAUUUCCCAUUCUACCCUCUUCCUCCCCAAAACCCAAACCCCAAACCCUAAAACAAACCCACCGUUCCAAUUUCGUCGUUUCAAAAGCCACAACCGCUUCCGGAGCUAAGAAAAAGCCCUUAAACGACGAAAAGGUACAGAAAGUCCACAGCGCAGAGGAAUUCGACGAUGCCCUAAAGGCAGCCAAGAACAAAUUAGUGGUGGUGGAAUUCGCGAAAAAAGACAGCUCACAAAGCAGCCAAAUCUACCCAUUCAUGGUGGAUCUAAGCAGGAGCUGUAGCGACGUCGUUUUCAUACUGGUAAUGGGAGACGAAUCAGAUAAAACGAAAGAGCUUUGCGAGAGAGAAAAGAUCGAUAAAGUUCCUCACUUUACAUUCUACAAAAGCAUGGAGAAGAUUCACGAAGAAGAAGCAAUCGGUCCAGACAUGUUGAUGGGAGACGUGUUAUACUACGGUGAUAACCACUCAGCUGUGGUGCAACUGCACUGCCGUGAUGACGUGGAGAAGUUAAUCGACGGUCAUAAAAUCGAUCACAAGUUAAUCGUGCUUGAUGUGGGUUUGAAGCAUUGUGGACCGUGCGUUAAGGUGUAUCCGACGGUUGUUAAGCUGUCUAAGCAAAUGGCUGAUAGUGUGGUUUUUGCAAGAAUGAAUGGGGAUGAAAACGAAAGCUGUAUGGAUUUUUUGAAGGAUAUGGAUGUGGUUGAAGUUCCUACUUUUUUGUUUAUAAGAGAUGGUGAGAUUUGUGGGAGAUAUGUUGGGUCUGGUAAAGGAGAGCUUAUUGGUGAGAUUCUUAGAUACCAAGGUGUACGUGUUACUUAUUAGUAAUUCCUAUAUUGUAAUUUCAAAAUUCAUACUAAACUUCAUUUCACUAUUAUAGAUAUUGUUUUGUAUUAA